UCAUCUUGUAAUUCAACAUGUAGAAGGUCCUUGGUGUUCUCGCUACUUUUGUCGGAUACGCAGUUGGAAGCCGAGUGAUAAUUUGAUCGCGUUGUAGUGAAAUAUCGAGCGAAUCUCGUGAAACAGUGACUCUUUGUGCUUCGUCGAGCUGAACUGAACGAAAAAACGAUCGAUCUCGAGAAGAUGGGCCGGUCGCGUUCCAGAUCGAAAUCACCGCAGAGCAGACGGCGUCACAAGAGCAAACACUCUCGCAAGCGAUCCAAAUCGCGCGAGAAGCACUCCAACAACAAAUAUUCAGACAAACCGAAGGAACGUAGUUCCAAGUCCAGAAAGCGAUCCCAUUCCGCAUCAUCCAGCAGUGGUUCGGAAGUAUCGGAUGAUGUGCACAUUGUCAGUCUCAAGAAACGUUCGUACAGAGAUAGAGAUCGAAAGAUGGAUGAAGUGGAAAGAUUGGCUGAAAUGGAACGGCAAAGGAAAAAGAAAGAAUUAAUGAACAAAAUCUUCACUACGAGCACAGCUGGACGUCAGCGUGAGGUGGAACAAAAAAUGGUGGAGGAGGAAGCAGCCAAACGUAUUGAAGAACUUGUACAAAAAAGGGUAGAAGAGGAGCUUGAGAAACGUAAAGAAGAAAUUGAAGCAGAGGUACAAAGGCGGGUAGAAGAAGCAAAGAGGGCUAUGGAGCGUCAAAUCAUGGAGGAGAUGGAAUGGAGGCAAGCAAAACUACGUGAGGAGGAGAAACGAAGAGAGGAGGAAGAGCGGAAGAAGCGUGAGGAACUAGAGAGGAUUAUGGAGGAGAACAACAGAAAGAUAGAAGAGGCUCAGAAGAAAUUAGCUGAAGAAAGAUUGGCUAUGGUUGAAGAACAGCGAUUAAUGGAAGAAGAAAGGCAAAAAAUGAGAAAGGAGCAUGAAAAGCGUGUUAAGGAGGAACAAAAGAGGAUCUUAGGCAAAAAUAACUCGAGGCCUAAGUUAUCUUUCUCUUUAAAAUCGGUUACGUGAGUCAGUGUUGUUUCAUACAGUUUGAUGUGAUAUAUACACAAAAUCUUGUCAGUUUUCGUACUCGAUCCGCGAGAACAAUCGUAGAUAGUAUCUACAUAAAUACAUUAUAGUUUAGUGCAGUAAUGUAAGAUCCAAAGUUCACCCUAAUGUAUUCAAAACGAUUGUUGAAAUCAGGCAAGAUUGUAUUUUAUUUAAUUGUGAUGUAUUGAUAAAUACAUCAUAAUUAAAUAAUUCUCAUCUUGUUAGAUUUUAACACAGAUACAAAUGGGAGUUCACAUUAUGCGAGAUUACGCUAACAUCAGUAUGAACACAAUACAAUUUUUUUAUCAUGUAAGAGU